CAAAAACGAAACUUAGUGUCUGGAUCAGAUGUUAGACGUUGUAUUCAGUGUCAUAGACAUAGAGGAUAAUCAUCGCAGGUUAUCGUAUGCAAUCAUCUAGUGUGCACAUUUUAUAAAUCGACCUAGAAGACCUAUAGAUGAAGUCACCACGAUUUCCUUUGAUGAAUAAAACAGAGAUGAUUAUUGUGACUCUUCUGCUAAUGAUCUGGGGAAGCCACGCGACAGAACCAGGAACACUGCUAACAAACAUGUCACCGGAUACAGGAGGUCCAGAGGGUAAAGAUCAGCUGAGGUUUUAUGAAUCGCUAUCCGUCCCAGACUGGAGAGGUGCAGGUUCCCCUCCAAAGCAUCUUAGACCAAUUUUACCUCACAAUACAUCUGACUCUGAUGAGCUUAAGUUCAUGAAUGAAAUGGAGUACCCACAGGACACUUCUUAUCUGAAGUGGGUCCCAAUUAAAGACAAACAAAUUCCCGAUGGUUCUGUCGGCAUAUUUAAUACCUACACGUCUCGAAGAGACUUUGUCUGCAGAGCUAAGGACUAUUGUACAUUUGGCUUCCUCAACGAAGGAAGAGGACUUCUCUGUUUCUUUCCAUUCCGUGGGUACGAACUUCAUACGGACAAUUUUGAUGUGCUGGUGAACAUAGAUGACUUUGAGCUGCUGGAGUGGAAGUCUGGCUCAACAGUUCCUGACCCCGACAUAAAGUUCUGUCAGGAUAACUUUGUGGGGAAAAACGAGUAUGGUCUUGGGGAUGUUUUUAAAGGGUACUUCUAUCUUCCCUGGGAAGGGAAAGAAAUCUGGUACAGUUCUUGGGAUGUGCUGACAAUUAGCCAUGACGUGUUCGAUGUGCAUUACUCAGAUGUCACAUAUGACAUCAACCUGGUCAACAGAACACAGCAUCCUCCAUACACUAUUAAGACAUCUCGUGUUGAAAACCAUGAUGACCGGGAGGUGACAGAGACUGUCCACAUGGAAGUGACAACAGUAAAAGCCAACUCAUGGCAAAGCAGUUUCUCCUCGUCCCUCUCUCAGUCCACAUCCAUUUCUGCUGGGCUUCCAGAUAUCGCAAGUGCCGUUAUCAGCAUCGGUGCCGUGGUAACCCUGACGCUGACAGACGGCCACCUGGAGAGCGAGUCCAUCACGCAGGGUCAGGACGUGAAGGUCCAAGUCCCACCGGGCUACUACUGUGUGGUACGGAUGGAGGGCUGGAAGGUGGAGGCAACUAUUCCCUACAGUGGACGUGUCACCAAAACAUACAAAAAUGGCAAAAAGCUGACCACUACUGUCUCUGGCACAUACAGUGGCUUUCAAACAGGGGGGAUCAACUCAUCAGUAGAUCGCUGUGAGCUGAUACCAACACCCGCUCCAAAACUCAAACCAAGUAUUAGUUGUGGUACCACCUUGAGUGUCGGGACUGGGUCGGUGUUACCUCUUGUAUUUGGUCUUGUUACGCUGUUUUCAGUAUUGGUCUUUGGUGUGAUUUACAGUUGCAGAAUCUACCCAUUCAAUAUCCAGAAAAAGCAUUAUUUUCCGGUGAAGAAAGAAUUGGUCUAAAUUCAUUUUGUGUCAAUGCUUGUGUGACCUGUCUACAUUUUGGAAACAGCAGUGCGUCACUUUUGCCUUACAACCCACAGUAACCUUUAUUAGCCAAGUUUUCUCCCCACCUUAUCCUCUAUCAAUUUUGUAUGCAUCAUGUAUAUACCAUAUUAUUUUUGUAUGUAUUGUGAACAUUUACCACAUGCAUGCUAGAAUGCUCUUCCUGACACAUCUGCCAUGUUCCUGGUUGUGUCCCCUCCCCUUCUGCCCAACCCAUUCUUUUUUCUAUCUUUACCCAGCUGGUUUCAAGCAGAUGGGCCCCCCCUUAUGUGCCACAGUUCUGCUUAAGGUUUCUUUCUGAUUAACAUGGAGUUUUUCCUUGCCGCUGUCACCAUUGUGCUUGCUCUCAGGGGGGUCAGGCCCUGGGCCUGUAUUGUUGUAUUGUUUUGUAUUUUUUAUUGUUUAUAAAUGUUGUUUAUAAAUUGUAUAUAAAUAAAACUGAAUUGAGUUACA